AUGUCUACGAUUGUCCAUUCGUUGCGGGAUUACCGUACGCCGACCAAAGCCCAGCAAUUCGCACAGGCGUUCGGACUCCCUGAUGAUGAGGCUCCGUACGUCGAUGCCGCUGGGAAUCGCGCUGAAAUUCUCUCUGCGAUUCUAUCACUGUCAACGCCCGAUAUGGACGGCGCCCAAGAAGAUCUGGUGUUUGCCGGUCGUCUCACGUUGACGCCCUCAUUCCUGUGCUUUGCAAGUCAAGGUGACCGGGGUCGUGGAUGCCGUAUUGCUAUUCCGCUCUCUACCGUGCGUCGUGUUGAGCGAUUGAAUACACGGGAUGUUGUUUUCGCUCUGGGCAUCACGGUAUGGCAUGGUACUCAUAUGAUUUUCCAACUGAACGCGCUACGUCCCUCCUGUGAGGGCUUUUGCAAUGCCAUGCGGGUGCGCUUACGUGCCCAUCUCGGGGAAAUGAAGCAGCUUCAACCUUUUCUCGACUCAUGCUACAGUGAAUUCUUGCUCAAGCAGAGCCAAGACGAUGUGCAAGAGAAAGGCAAAGGCAAAGAAGGCACAGAGGCGGACGCUUCUGAGGCGCUCAAGCCCUACCAAAUGGGCCUCGGAGCUACGUUUGGGUUCCCCGGCGAUCCCAAGAAGCUUAAGGAGAAAAGCAAGAUGCGACUGUGGAAAGAGUACUUGCGUUUACACGGACGCAACAUUACACUGCUUCGCUACCCCCAAUUUACAAAGCUCGUGCAAGUUGGCCUGCCUAAUAUGCUUCGCGGUGAGAUCUGGGAAGUCUCAAGCGGCUCCAUUUUCCAGCGUAUGGCGCACCCAGGUCUCUAUGAGUCCCUCCUCCGUGAUCAUGAAGGGAAGACCAAUUUGAGUACGGAAGAAAUCGAGAAAGAUCUGAAUCGUUCUUUGCCGGAAUAUGCGGCCUACCAAUCGCCGGAAGGGAUCGAGACGCUGCGACGCGUGUUGGUCGCCUACAGCUGGAAGAACCGCGAGCUUGGCUACUGCCAAGCCAUGAAUAUCGUUGUGGCUGCACUUUUGAUUUAUAUGUCAGAGGAGCAGUGUUUCUGGGUUCUGGACACGCUCUGUGAUCGGCUGUUGCCUGGCUACUACACACAGUCCAUGGCAGGUACGUUGCUGGACCAAAAGGUGUUUGAGAACCUGGUGCAGCAAACGAUGCCUGUGCUACAUGAGCAUUUUGUGAAGAAUGACAUGCAACUGAGCAUCGUCACCCUGCCUUGGCUCCUGUCGUUGUACAUCAACAGCAUGCCGAUGGUCUUUGCAUUCCGUAUUAUCGACUGCUUUAUGGCAUUUGGUGCUCAAGUGCUUUUCCAGGUGGGUUUGGCCAUCCUAAAGAUCAACGGCGAAGCCAUUCUCAGCGUGACAGACGAUGGCACCAUGAUUGGCCUACUGCGCAACUAUUUCCGCUCGCUCGGCGAUAGCGCAUACCCCGAAAGCAUGGACGAACGUCGGCGACAGAUCACCAAGUUCCAGCAGCUGCUAGUCAUUGCGUUCCGUGAAUUUAGCGUAGUCACUAACGACACGAUCGACCAUGAGCGCAAACGAUUCCGUCAACAGAUUGUGCAGGAAAUCGAGGCUUUCGCACGUCGCUCUGCUAUUCGGAAUUUGCAUUUCCAUGGCCGCUUUACCAAGCCUCAACUGAUCUUGAUUUACGAUCAUGUUGUGGAGUCUAUUUACCGCGCACGGCAUGCCCCUGAAUCGCUCACGCAGGGCGAGCACAAAGUACUAAGCGCCGCGGACCCAACACAGGAUCUCAAGGAAAUGCGUGUCAACUUUACCACGUUCCGACUCUUCCUCAGCGAGAUCGCCACGUGGGCACGCGAUGAGUACAUUGUUAGCAAUGGAUUCCAGGAGCGAAUUGAGCGUCGCGUGCCUGAUCAGACGCUGGCUCGCCGGAUCUUUGACUAUUGGGACAAGGACAAGUGCGGCUCAUUGACUCUGCAGGACAUCGUCACCGGCCUGGAUGAGAUCAUGUUCCUUGAUGGUGAUAUGGCUGGUGCUACGGCAUGGUUCUUCCGCCUUCAUGCCAACGGCAAAGAAAAAUUGUCGAAGAACGAUAUCCUGGCUCUAUCAGAGUCGCUCUUGUUUAUGUUCCGUAAUGAACCAGGGGACGAGCACCUCGGCAGCAUCUCCACCUUGAUUAGUCGAGCCUUUGAGAUGGCUGGCACUUCCGACGCUUAG